GGGGAUACGAUUGUCCGACGUCAAACGUCUCGCUCGUGCUGGCGCAGCUAGGAAAUCCACAAAUCGCUUGCUCUUUUCCAUCCAGAAACACUGCACUGCUAGACAUCGAGGUCAAGCUCUAACAAACAGCCCACCAUCGCAUUCAUUCGCAAUCGCACAAUGGCCAGCAAAGCCCGCGCCUUUCAACAAGCAUGCCGCACGCGCGGUCAGGCGAUCAUGUCGCGACCCGAGAAAUCCCAGUUCUCCUACUCAACCUGUGCUCCCGUCGCACCCUUCGCCAGCACACGACGCUUGAGCUUUUCAUGCUCUCAACCCCUUGUUCCAUGCCAACGCACCGCUAGCCCUGUAACUUGCGCGGGCUCCUCGCAUCGACACAUACGCCACGCAAGCACCAGCUCCUCCAACCCACCCAGACGAGCCAUCACCGUAACCUCCGACGACGGCCGCUACAACUGGUCUGAACUAAGCACCUCCGAAAAAGCCGCCCGGGGCACGCAGCAGACAUUUAACUUUGUGAUUGUCGCUGCAGGUCUCGUGGGAACCAUGACGAUCUCAUAUCUAUUAUAUCAGGAACUCCUCGCCCCGGACUCCUCGACAGUGCAAUUCAACGCGGCCGUAAGCCGCAUAAAAUCGUCGCCGGAAUGCCGUGCGCUCCUCGGACCCUCGUCCCAGAUCACCGCAUACGGCGAACCGACCUCCAAUAAAUGGGCACGCGCACGACCCUUAGCCCACUCCACCGAGACAGACCGCUUCGGCACGACGCAUUUCCGGAUGCACUUCAACGUCUCGGGCCCUGACGGAACGGGCGUCGUGACUGUGCAUAUGACCAAGCCGCGCGACGGGGAUAGGCUGGAGUACCAAUUGCUCAGUCUGACCGUCAAAGGGCAUGAGACGGUGUACCUUGAGAAUAAAGAAGCUGAGAGAAGUGUCAAGGGGAGGGUUGGGAAGAUGUUCGGGGUACAGUGGCGGUGAUAUAGCACUUUAUGUUGAAGACAGUAGGCCUACCGCAUAGUUAUAUGUUACUCCGUUGGCGACACGAAGGGAAUUUGGAAUUGCCCUAUCCUUCCUACGAUGCGGCAGACCUCGUUUGCAAGGAAUUGGAAAGGCGUGGCAAGAGGGAGAAGAUCUUGUUGUAUCCUACUGUAGCAUGUGUUGUGCCGCAACCAAGUCUGCGGCUAGCAUACCCUGCUAUCGG